AUGGCUCUUGCUGAAGCAGAGGCCCGCUCCAGGAAAACGGAGACGGACAGAUUGCAGUCGCCUGGGUCUUUGGCACUGUGCAGUGAUGCACCGUUCAGUGAUGCUGCUCGUGCUGCUGAGAGCGGCAUGAUGCCCAGCGUCGCCGGACUCUGCGAGGACAUGACACUGGUCACAGGGUGUUACACCAAGCAGCGCAUGGAGGGAUUUUCCAUUUUCGCGAACGGCAUGGAUGUUGAGGUGAUUUGGGGUGUAGAUUUGGAGCAUCUUGGAGCGUACCCGGAAACCUUCGAUCGCAGGGGUUCUGAAGAUGAGGACGAGGACGAGGACGAGCUGAAGGGCUGUGCGCAUGCGGACGCGUUGCUCGGCUCUUUGGCCGAUCGAAGAGCGCUUGUGCGAGUACUUCAGCAUUUCAGCAAGGACAACCUCGCUGAUGAAAGCGAUGCGGUGGUUGCUGCCAUCCGGAUGGAGGUCAAGCAGGUGCCAGCUUUUCGGCGCAUGCUGAACAUCGUGAGCACCUGUGGACUCUGGCUCCUUUUUCAGCCGCGUGAAGACUCUGCUUCGGUUCUGCUGACGAAGAGGGGCCGUUUCAUUUGCUGGGGCCGUGGCCAAGAAGCCCAGCCAGGAGCUGUGCGAGCCUACCUGGGCAACGUCAUAUGCUUCCUUGUGGUCGUUUUCGUUCUUGUCAUCCUUUUUUGGACGUGGAUUCUCCGAGUGGAAGCAUCAAUGUUUUCUCGUGGCUUGCUGCUGAUCUUCAGCAUAUUGGUGCUCGUGCUGCUUCUGAGCUACGCCUGGGCGCAGCGUCCUCGGCGAGACUGUGGAACGACCUUCCGGCAACACUUCGAAGUCAAGGAGCUGUGUGUUGGUACCUACGUGCGUGUGGAUGAGGGCAGAAGCGUGCAACAACUGUGUGCUCGCCGACGCCUUGGGCAUUUGCAGCUCUGCUUCAGUCGUCUCUAUCCCCAGCCGGAGAUAUUGACAGAACGAUUGCCACCUGGCACCCCGGGAUGUGGUGGGGUACAGCCUGUUUCAGGACUCCCAGCGGCGCUCGCUGGGGAUAGUCGUCAAGUGCAGAAAGAGACCAUCGAGCAGGAAGGAGGCGUCAACAGUGCUGUCCUGGCUCGACUUGCAGCUAUACUGGCUGUGCUUUCGCUAAUUGGCGCGAUCUAUGACUACACAUCUUUCUUGGACAAAGUCCGCAUUGACUCGCAGCUUUGCAUCAAGAAGGUACAUGGUUGCAGCUGGCAUGUGGACAAUUCUCGCCUGCUGGGCAAAGUGAAGCGCGUGGCCGGAGCUUUUCCGCCCGCUGACUACACCAAAGGCGGCUGCACCAGCAAUGGGGACUAUUGCGACUAUUUUUUGCGUCCCACUGACCACUGCACAGAAAAGGGUGAGGCCUUCACAAACGACGCGACCAGUGCUCUUCAUGUUCGGCUGGAGUGCAAAGCUUUGGAUGAGCUGGCCGAUGCAACAGAAAGGGUUACCUAUAUCGAUCCCUAUGAUGGCGAGGUGCACACUCGAUUCCUCAUCAAGCACGACGUCACAGUCUGGUCGAUGCCGCUGGACCCGUCCAGUCGCGCAUGGCACAAGGUGUUGCUUUCCGAGGGCAUGCGUAUCACUCAGAUUGGUGAGAAGGACUCUGAGGAAAACAAGCAGCUGCAGAAGGGGGUUGCUGCACAUCCUUUGCAACUUUUGGAGCGAUGCAUUGGAGCAUAUCGCGGGCACAUAGAUGUAGCACUGGUCUACGUGGAGCCCGUGUCCCCUAUGUUUGAGGAGGACUGCCACGAUCUGCAAGAAGCUUGCAUGGCUGAAGGGCUGGGCCCGGAAACAAGUGGCUAUUGGCCCCCGCUCCGGAUCUUUGAUCACAGCUAUGAGAAAACUAUCUGUAUCUACAAGCCCAUGAAGCUGUCAUUCUGGAAGCGGGCCUGGUCUGUCCUGGAGCAGGGGCAGAGUGGCCUGACCUGUCGCGGCACGCCAAAACAAAGGAUGAAUUUCUCCAACGCAAGCGAAAUCAUCACUGAAAGGGUGGAGCAAUGCAAGGAUGCUUGCCAGAAGGAGCCCUGGUGCACGCAUGUCUUCUACUCGGGCGAGGUCCCAGUGGCCUUCCGGAGCGGCUUCCAGCACCUGCCCCACUUCAUUGCGGACCACCUGGGCAGGUAUGGCACGAACAACCGCAGCUCAAGCUAUGAAUGCCUCCUGUACGAGACCUGUCCUCUUGCCAACUUGAGCCACGAGGGCGAUGCUUUUGUGGCAGCGAAGUGUGGGGAGCAAUGCGGUGAAGACGAGCAACGUUGCAUGAUGGUCAGGCAGGGAUACGUUCGCCGUGAUGCCGAUCGCAUCCUUGGCGGAGCCGAAGGCUGCAAGUCGACGUGCAUCGAGUCGACCCAGGACGUCGCCCAAUGCAAUGCCUACGUGUACACAGAGGCCUCUGGUGGAUCCUGCACGCUCUAUGGGCCCGACCAGUUUCUGAGGCCUUAUGAAGGUUGGCAUGAACUCGAGGUUAACUACCGGGGCAUUCUCGGAGCAUCCACUGACCAGCAUUGCUUCAUUCGAUCUACGGAUCCUUUCCACCAAGGGCGAGUACGGAAUCGCCAGUUCGCGGGCGGCCCCGGCAUCCUGCUCCGGCUGUCUGACAUGACCACGUGCCAUGGCUGUGUCGAGCGGACGCUUUUCAACUGGCUCAAAGAGCCAUCGGCCUUGUGCAUGGUGCUUAGCCAUUUGAUUACCCUUAUUGGGGUCGGGUACGUGGCACAGCGCGCUCAUGCCAGCGUUCAGCUUGGAAAGGCGGCGUUUUCUGGCAAGCCUGUCGUGCACAUGACUAUUGUGCAAGAUCCUGCGAACCAGGAUGACUUCGAAAUUCGCGAGGACGCAUACCGGAAGUUUCUGUCGAAAUGCCAUGAAGUUGCCGAAGCCUGCCGGCGCGAGGAAGAAAGUGAGCCGGACAAGGUGAACGAGGUCGACUGCUGGGAGACCGACAUGAAAGCUGACGUCCGACCAGCCGAUGCCGGUUGCUACGAACGCUACAAUUUGGCGAACAAACGAAGAACCUGCUGCUAUGUGGACAAGGCAUUGUUGGGCAUACAACCGGACGAGAAGGUCUGCAGGGCAUGGUCGGAUACUCCACGGCAAGGCAUCUACAGUAUCUUGUUGACGCUGCUCCUGUACUACCUGGUUCUGCUGUUUCUGAGUUGGGUGAUGCCCACAUGGGCUGCAUGGUGGGUGAGAGCGGGCUUCCGCCCGUUCUUCUUCGUCGUUGUGCCAAUCGCCAUGGUUAUGCACUACUACAUCGAGCUGCGACGGGAGAUCCAGUCAUUGUUCGUUGUUACUAGCUGGGGCCGGCUUGUCCAUAUGACACGACGCCCUCCACCAGACGUCUUUCCCGCCAUCCUCUGUCCUGCUUGGUAUGGAGGAACAUCCAUCCAAUUGGACAGCUUCCAAGUUGGUGAGAUUUCCCUGGCCCAGCUCGACAUGCCUGCCAGACCACUUCUUGAAGAUCGUCUGCAUUCAGGUUUCUCGAAGGCAUGGAGACGAGGGACGGCGACCGUCCGCGGCAAGUUUGGACUACUGCAAGUUACUCGACAGCAUGGGGAGGCCCUGGAGAUGUACGAAGCCCUUAACACUUUGGCCCAAAGACCGGCCAAAAUUCCUGGGCUGCAGCCUGUGGGUGAUGGCGGCGCUAACAUUGCAGGUGUCUGUCCGCUGGAAGAAGUCUUCUGCAAUGGCGAGCAGCACAUCUGGGAGCAUCGUUUGGACGCGUUUGGCUUCUUUGGCGAUCCGUUCAACUACAGCACCCUGCUGACCCUCACGAACAGCCGAAUCGUGGUCACCCGUGCCCGAUGGCCGAAGGCGUUUAGCUUGAUUGGAUGUUUGGUCGGGCCGCGGACCUGCAGCAAUCGCUGCAGCCUGUUGCAAGAACACCUCGGGUACUUCCCUUAUGUCACGCUGACGUCUGUGUGGUAUGGAAGCCUGGAGUCCUACGUGACCGAAAGGGUCAGAGCUCCCCCGUUCUGGCCAGGGUUCAUGAGCCCGAUCAUGAGCCUGUCUGUGCUGUUUCUGGAGAAAUGGAUGAAGGUUUAUCCUGCUGCUCUGCGAGUCACACAGCGCCCGUACGGCAUUCCACGGAGGGUCCGUGUAAAGCCAGAUUCCACGAUACUGGUGAAAGCCGUCAACAAGGGGGAGGAGGCAGGUCUUCAAAUCCUCAGCUCCAAUGACCCCUUUGCUCCGCGUGGCCAAGUGGUGGUGCAAGCGAAGGAUUCAGGCGGAAGGGUGUUGGAUCUGAAAGACGGCCGCUGGCAGCAGGCCUCUUUAUUCGAGGCUGGCAGCCAGUUGCUGCUUAAAGCUGGCGAUCCUGAGUGGGACAACUAUGCGGAUGAGCCCUGGUUGCACCAGCUGCGCGCCAUUCUGGACCACAUUUCUGGUAGGAGCCAAGCCCCGCUCGAGACUUGGGAGCCGCUCGAAGAACCACCACGCCCGGAACUCCCUGGCUGUUUCGCGAGAAUGGCAGCUGCUCUGUUCGGGGGCCACAUGUUGGGUCAUCGAACGGACCCAGAUGGUGAUGACAGUGAGUCUGAUGAGAUGGCUCUGCAGAAGAAAUGGGUCUUUGACACGAACAAGAUCCGACAGUCUGCGAAAGCCACUCAGGCGCGUGAGGACUAUGAGUUUGGCAAAGUUUCUUCGCGAGAUCUGCAACAAAGCGAGCUUUUUGCGGUGGAGGAGGAGGAGAAAGUUCAAGAAGAAGAAGAGUCCCACUUUGCUACGCUGCUGCUACAUAAGGUACUCAUUGGGAAUGUCAUGGCCUUGUGGUUGCAAGGAUCCUUCGUUGCCCUCACCUACCGGAAGCAGCUCAGCUUAGCCUCAAUAAAGCUGAUCAUCAGCAUGGUCAUCUCCGCUGCACAAGCAGCUUUGCGAUGCUGGCGGGCCUCCUGUCGCAUUGGUGUUGGGGGCAUUUGGAUGUCAAUAAUGGUGAUGUCGUUCGUUUGUUGGUCCUUCCUCAAGGUCUACAAAGCGCACACUUGCCCCAAUCAUUUGCUGAGCGCUUGGUUCAGCAAAGUGCUUUCAGAGCAGCGGGAAGGGAGAUGCAACACCUUUGUCUCUGCUAGGCCGGAUAUCCUCAGCCAUGCUGCCGAGUCCUGGGAUCGCAUGUUAAAACGUUGCACCCUGAAGACCUUGUUGGCCUACAGGAUACGCGGAUGCCUGAAGCUGCAAUCGAGGGUGCUAUCUCCGGAAAAUCCCAGGAGCCUGAUGCAACAUGGCCCUCUUGGACCAAGCGGCCCGAUGUGGCAGUGGUCCGAAGGCUUCCAAACAGGACCCGUGGCUUUCUGCGUCCAGCGCUGCGAGCGUUGCGAGGGCAGUUUGCUCCCCGGCACACCAUGGUCAGCGACGUGCCACUGCGGCUCGAACAACGACCCGUGGCCACGUCUGUUGCUAGACUUACCGCUGCUUGGAUGCAACUUUAAAGUACGGAAGCGGAUGGUCGUUCUGGUGUUCACAGCGCUUCGUCGCCUCUUCUUGGUGACGUCGCCUGGGUUGGAGCGUAGCUUGGAGCGCGAGCUGCAGGUGCUCGGCGUACCUGGUCGCUUUGAGACUAUGGCUGGAGGACUUGCAGUUCAUGGCACAACUGAGACGCUGUGGCGUUCAGUGCUGCAGAGCCGAGUGGCCGAAUCUGUGUUGGUGCAUGUUGGGGAACCCUUCCAUGCACCAGACGUGCGCUCCCUGGAUGUCGGGCUGCAAAGACUACCUUGGCAUCAGUACAUCGCUCUCAACAAGGAUGCCAUGCAGGAUGCCAUUGCCACUGGCAUCGAAGACGCGGACAAGAAUCCCUCGACUGCUGUUACAGGCGCCUAUGACAUGAUGGGCGCACCCGUCAUAAAGGUGUCCUCAGAGAAGUCACGCCUCUACCACACUCGCCUAGUUCAAGAUCAUGUUGCCGAGUCCAUCUUGGCAGCGCUGGACUCUGUCGGUGGCUCCGCAGACUCCGCAGACCAACCUCUGAGCGUGCCGCCAGAGGUGCGAGUGCGGCUGCGGCACAACGAAUGCCAGGUCAGCAUGGCAGCCUCAGGACUUCUGCACAAGCGAGGCCACCGCAAGGCGGUUGGGGAUGCCUCGUUGAGGGAAACGCUGGCAGCUGCAUGUGUCUUGGCGACGCCACUGCAGCGCCGAUUGAGUGCUGCCGUCCAAAAUGAUGAAGAGCUGGUCCUUUGGGAUCCGUUCUGUGGCUCUGGAGCCAUCCUUGUGGAAGCCUUGGGCAUCGUCUUGGGCCAGCUGUCUGGCAACCACAGGAAGUACUAUCCCUUCAAGUCCUUCCCGUGCCACUCCUCGGAGGCGUUUCGCGACUUCGCGUCGUCACUGGCGGUGCAGCCACAUGUUGCCGCGUCAAAGCUAACGCUUCUCGGCAGCGACAGUUCGGAGGAACAGAUCGGCCGAGCCCGAGCCAACCUGCGGCGAUCGCUGCGCCGCGUGCAGAUGCCGGACGGGGAGCUGGCCAAGGCAGAAAGGGCGGACCUCGAGAGCCUCGCGGAGCGCGUUCCGUGCAAAGUGCAGCUUGUGCAGGGCUCGAUCUCGAAGGUGGUGCAGAUGCUCCAAGGUCGGCCUACGUUGAUUGUCACCAACGUGCCCUUUGGCAUUGCAUCUGGUGGCAAACAGGAGUCCACCUGCCGCUCCCUGACAUGGAACAUGUGGAGCCUCAAGGUGGGACUGCUUUUGGCGGGCGCCAUCAUGGUGAUUGUUGGGCGUCCAGCCUUUGCCAUGCAGGCCUCUGGCUCCAGCGGCCCGACCGGCCAACCCGAGGCGGACGGCCAGCGCCUGGCUGCCAGAGCAGCGCUGCUCGAGGCCCUCAAGUCUCUUGACCGCGGCUUUGCAGCCACCAAACAGAACAGGCAGGGCAUGCUGGAGUGCGGCCAUCGGGCCUGGGUGGCUCGUGGCUCCUGCCACUUGCAGGUGCUGCGAUCAGAUCCUUGGCAAUACUUGGCAGAGUGGUUUUUAGCAGUGCAGAAACUUCUGCCACCAAGAAAAAUGGCUUUUGUGGAAGCAUUGUCAGUGAUGGCACUUGCUGCCUAUGAGGCCUUGUCCCUUGUAUGGACAGAGCUUGCUAUGUUUGGGGUUGCUGCCCUCGUGUAUGUCGCGUGCAUGGGCCUGCCCCAGACAGGGUCAAAGAAGCCAAAAGGAAAGUUGGCAAACGUCUAUGAGGAUGCCGGGCUGCGGGAGGCCAAGGACUCCUGGAAGCACUGGGAGCAGGUCAAGAAAGGCCGGGCCGAGUUGACGGGCAGCCCUGGCUCGGGCCUCUACAAGGCUCUGACUGCCAUGCGCCAGCUACGCAAGUCGAGCUCGGAGGUGGAAGCGGAGCUGCGCGGGGCGCUGAAGGGGCCCGCAGGUGCGAAGCUGCUGGCGGAAAUGGAGGCGCUGCCGGCCGCACUUCUCCGCGAUGACGCCAUCGAUCUGCUUCCACCGGUUCUGCAAGUUCUGCAGGAGACUGGCAAGCGAGCCGAAACAUCGACCUACGCCGCGCUGAUGGCCGCCCAGCUGCGUCGUCGUGAUUUUGCCGGUGUGGCUGUCACUGCCUCAAGAUUGCCGGAAGACUCAUUGACGCCGAAGAUGCGAGCGAUUUUGGCCACUGCAGCUGCACAGAGGCAGAAGCUCGACGAGGCGCUGCGGCAGCUCGAGCAGCUGCCGGAUGACCAGGGACCGCGCUUCCUCGGUGCCUCUGCGGCUGGCCAGAUCCUGUGCUUGGCGAACAAAGAGCAGCGCGGGGCCGAAGUCCAAGCACAGCUCCAGCGCAUUGGCGUACAGCCGCUGCAGGACAGCAAGGACAGCAACACGGAGAUUCAGCGGGCAGUAACAACCAUGAAGGCUUACGUGAAGAACAAGGACCUGCCCAACGUAACGGCCGUGUUCAAUCGCCUGAAGAAGAAUGGUGUGGUGAUGCGCUCGCAAAUCUAUAACUGUUACCUUGAUGCCUGCGUCCAGUGCAGUGACAUUGAGGCAGCCCUGUCGCUCUUUGAGGAGAUGAAGCAGCUUGGCUUCGUGGACGUGGUCAGCUACAACACGGUUCUCAAGGGCUACUUGGCCGCCGGCCGCAUGGGCGAGGCACGAAGUCUCGUGCAGGAGAUGACUUCCCGUGGGCUGGCAGCCAACAAGGUCACCUACAACGAGCUCCUGAAUGCCAAAGUGGCCGCCCGAGAUCGCGCGGGCAUGUGGAGCAUCGUUGACCAGAUGCUCCAAGCAGGCCUCAAGGCCAAUCUCAUAACCUGCUCAAUUCUUCUGAAAUCCUUGACGCAGCAUUCAGCAGAGACAGACUUGGCGCGGGUUCUGAGCUUGAUUGACAGUGUGGAGGAGCCCAUCGAUGAAGUUCUUUUCUCGUCGAUCAUCGAAGCCUGCAUCCGGAUCAAGAGGUUGGACAGCCUCUCCGACUUCAUUGGUCGAUACAAGGUGAAGGGCCUCUUCAAGAACAUCUCUGCUCCGAUCUAUGGGGCCAUGAUCAAGGCCUUUGGUGAGGCCGGCUACCUCCACCAGGUCCGCGAGCUCUGGGCCCAGCUGCAAAGCCACAAUGUGAAGCCCACGGCGAUCACCAUCGGUUGUGUGGUGGAGGCUUUGGUCAUCAACAAGCAGGGCGAGGAAGCCUGGCAACUUGUCCAGGACCAGUUGCAAUACGACGACCGCAAGAGCAUGAUCAACACGGUGGUGUACUCGACCGUGCUGAAGGGCUUUGCGGUUUCGAAGCGCAUUGACAGAGUGCUUGCCGUCUACAAGGAGAUGCGGAACAACAGCAUUGCUUGCAACACCAUCACCUACAACACCAUGCUGGAUGCGUGCGCGAAGUGCAAUGCGAUGGAAAAGGCUUCGGUGCUUUUGGAAGACAUGCGUGAAGCCAGCAUCGAGCCUGACAUCAUCACGUACUCCACGAUCAUCAAGGGCUAUUGCCUGAAUGGUGAUGUGGAACGGGCCUUGAGCGUACUCGAGGAGAUGAAGCGGGAUGGGCACUUUGUGCCGGACGAGAUCAUGUACAACUCGAUCUUGGACGGCUGCACCAAGCAGCGCAACGUCGGCGAGGCGCUGCGCCUGCUGGAAGAGAUGAAGGCAUCUGGCAUCAAGCCCAGCAACUACACGCUCAGCAUCCUCGUGAAGCUGCUGGGGAAUGCGCGGCGCCUUGGCCAAGCAAUGCAGAUGGUCGAGGAUCUCAGCUCGCAGCAUGGCUUGAAGCCAAACAUCCAGGUCUACACCUGCCUGAUCCAUGCUUGCUUCCAAAACAGGCGUUUCGAGAGGGCCCUCGGAGUUUACGAAAACAUGAUCAAGGAGGGCUGCCGCGCGGAUGAAAAGUUCUACGCAGUGCUCGCUCGCGGAUGCUUGCAAUUGCACCAGCCAACGAAGGCCAUAGAAGUGAUCAGGGCAGCGCACCACUUGCCGGGCAGCUCUCUUCCCAGCGGCCCACGAGCGGUCGGGGUGGAAGGCUUGGAGGAGCUGCUACAGAAGAUCGGCAAGGAGGAGCAGGAAGCCGCUGAUGAGCUCACCCAAGACUUGAAGAAUCACGGCGUGCAGAUUGGUGGAGCCAAGUCUUGGGGCAAUAGUGCACGUGUGGCGGGUGGGCCCAGCCGCGACCGCCGUCGCGGAGGCCGAUAG